AAAAAAAAAAAGGUAACAAUAAUAAUAAUGGAUGAUUAGAUAUUGAAAAAUGAUGGUGCAAUGACAAGAAUGUGACAAGAAACCAACAAUACAAUGAAAUAAGGUAAGGGAGAAUUAAGUUGUUUCUCAAUUUUCCCACCUUAAUCUGCCAUUGCUGUCACCUUGAUCUUUCUUCUCAACCUAAUCAUUAUUAAUAUUUAAACCUCGCCUUCACCCGACUAUGUUCUUCAUUCAUUCUCUUCCUCGAUAAACCUCUAGUAAUCGAUUCGGUUUAUUUCGUUAGCACGAAAUUAGAGAUGAAACUGUUGGUACUUAUCCUAUUCCCCUUACUUUUCCUUUUCUUCGCCGCACUAACUUCCGGCCAGUCGACGGGGGCAGCCGCCCCUGCACCUCCAGGCCCAACCAAUCUGACCGCUAUCCUCGAGAAAGCCGGGCGAUUCACCAUAUUCAUCCGCCUAUUGCAGAGCACCAAAGUGGCGGACCAGAUCUACACACAGCUCAACAAUUCAAACCAAGGCCUCACUGUUUUCGCCCCAACCGACGGCUCAUUCUCCGGCCUGAAAUCAGGCACGCUCAACUCCUUCUCCGACGAGCAGAAAACCGAACUCAUCCAAUUCCACGUCCUCCCUUCCUAUUUCUCGCCGUCGCAGUUCGAUACCGCGAGCAAUCCCCUGCGCACGCAAGCCGGCGGCAGCGAAGAGCUUUUCCCCCUGAACGUAACCGCCUCGUCGACGGGGAAUCAAGUGAACAUCACAACUGGAGAGACGAACGCCACGGUGGCUAACACUGUGUACACCGAUGGACAGCUGGCGGUGUACGAGGUGGACCAAGUCCUGCUCCCGCGCAGAUUUUUCGUGCCCCUACCGCCGCCGCCGCCGCCGUUGAAGCCCGCUCAAUCGCCGGAGUCUUCGCCAGGGUUUGGUGCUCCGGUCGUUGAUUCAUCUUCCGAUGCAAAUCGCCUUUAUAAAGAGGCGCUCCGUGCUAUGGCGUGUGCGGUGUUCGUUUUGGCAUCAUUUACAUAAAUAAAUAAUUUAUGCUUGGUGCGAUUUGUGGAUCUUUAAAAACUUAAAAUUGUAUUUCUGUGUAUAUUGUGCAAUAUUUUAUGAUUUUAAGGACCAAUGAUAUAAUAUUGAGAGUAAAUUUAUUUGCAAUCA